AUGGAUUCGCCAAGAACUCGACAGAAUUACAGUAACCGUCUGUCAAGUAACAGCCGAGUGGACGUAGCUUCACCACCAGAUAUGAGCCAUAUCCCUCCCGAACAUCUGAAAUACCGAUCCCCACUGGUGUCUAGGUAUGCAAGUCCAGAGAUGGCUUUCAACUUCAGUGAAAUGAAGAAAUUUUCUACAUGGCGAAAACUUUGGACUUGGUUAGCAAAAGCUGAAAGGCACCUGGGACUAGAAAUUACAGAGGAACAGAUUUCUCAAAUGGAACAAAAUAUCAAUAAUAUCGACUUCGAACGAGCUGCACAAGAAGAGAAACGUGUACGACAUGAUGUCAUGGCGCACGUGCUGACCUUCGGUGCGUGCUGUCCUUCUGCUGCUCCCAUAAUUCAUCUUGGAGCCACUUCCGCCUACGUUGGGGACAACACUGACCUAAUAGUGAUGAAGGAUGGCUUGGAUAUCUUAUUACCGAAACUUGCCCGAUGUAUACAGAGACUGUCUGUGUUUGCUGAAGAGUUCAAAAGUCAACCAUGUCUAUCCUAUACACAUUUACAACCGGCACAACUGACCACUGUGGGGAAAAGAGCGUGUGUUUGGGUUCAGGACCUCCUCAUGGACGUACGCAACUUUGAGACGACAAGAAACAAUAUCAAGUUCAGAGGCGUCAAAGGAACUACGGGAACACAGGCCAGCUUUUUAGCUCUCUUUGACGAGAACGACGAAAAGGUCGAAAUACUUGAUAAAUUGGUUACAGAAGCCGCUGGAUUUAAAAAAAAUUUCCUGGUAUGUGGUCAGACGUACAGCCGAAAAGUGGACGUGGAUUGUCUGAGCACUUUAGCCAGUAUGGGAGCUUCCGUACAUAAGAUAUGUACUGAUAUUAGAUUAUUAGCGAGUUUCAAAGAAGUUGAAGAACCCUUCGAAAAGGAACAAACAGCAUCUGGUACUGUGUCAUACAAACGUAACCCUAUGAAGAGCGAGCGUUGUUGUGCGUUGGCACGUCACCUGAUGUGUCUGGUCCAGGAUCCACUGAUGACUGCUUCUGUUCAGUGGAUGGAACGCACACUUGACGACAGUGCUAACAGGAGAGUCUGUUUGGCGGAGGCCUUCCUGACGGCAGAUAUCGUUCUAAGUACUUUACAUAACAUAUCGGACGGGUUGGUAGUCUACCCAAAGGUCAUAGAAAGACGAAUCAGUCAAGAACUGCCUUUCAUGGCGACUGAUGCCAUUGUGAAAGCGAUGGUUAAGGCUGGCGGAAACAAACAGGAAUGUCAUGAAAAAAUUCGGAGUAUAUCUCACGAGUCUGGCAUUGAAGUAAAACAACAUGGCGGCGAAAACGACUUCCUGGAACGGGUUCGGAAGUCGCCCUAUUUCCAUCCUAUUCACAACGACCUCGAGGACAUUUUUGAUCCCAAACAUUUCAUUGGUCGGGCACCAAAUCAGGUGAGCAGGUUCUUGGAGGAGGAGGUAAAACCAAGUAUAGUGAUGUAUGCCAACAUCAUGGACGACAUUGCAGAACUCGACCUCUAG